CGCGCUGUAGAAUAGAUGCCUCGGGAUCGCUCCGAGCUGCCAAGCGAGGAGAGCUAGGAGUACGUGUGUGUGUGCGCGCGUCCGCGUUUGUUAUCGCAAGCCGUGUGCGAAAACGGAUGAGGUUCGGCAAGGCCUGAGUUUGUGUGGUUGGAAAAUUUCGGGGAGAAAGGUGAAAGUUGUCGCCGAAACGCGCCGCACACAAAGCAGCCGGAGAGAGCCAGGAGCUGCCGGAGUGUGUUUGUGUGUGUAUGUGUGUGUGUGUGUGGUUAAGUAGUAAAGAUUAGGGCCGUAAGUAGGCUCAGCGCGACAAGGACACUCUACCUUAGACAGGUUGACAAUAGCUUUCCCUGGUCACAGCCAAUCAACCAAUCAACCCAACAGUACGAUGUGAGAAUUAGCGAAGUUCUGGAAAAAAAUCUGGAAAAAUUCUGGAAACAAUCUGGAAAAUUUCUGACAGAUCCGAAUUUUGGAGCAUCCAACAUCGUCCGAACUCGAGCGCCAAAAUAGCCUGAGCGAGCCUGCCCGAUUUGAAAGCGGGGACCGACCUGCAGUGUGGAAGAAGUCACGCAUCAAUCAAACGGUCGUGGUGCCACCGACGACGAGCUCAACCUUCCGCUUGCAGUCGACGACGCAGACGACGAACCCGGCGCGGGAUAUUCUGGCGUCUCAUUGCUGGCGUGCUACGGCGCACUGCUGCAGGAUGCAAUAUGGUUGGGAUCGUGCACCGUUCCGCCAGUAGGGUAACGCCCCCAGCGCCUGUCGGUCGGAACAGUCCGGACGAGCCCAUCCAGUGGUGCAUCAGUGGCGAGCGAGGCAGCAUCAGCAGUCGCAGCGUUUGACCCUAGGCGCCCAUUUGCGUCCCCGGCUACGCUGAAUGCGAUGCAUUAAGGCAGUUUAAGCAAACAACUGCAACCGAACAAACUGUAAACAGAAGCGCGCAAUUUGCGUCCAUACGCGAAAGGGGGGAAAAAAAAGGAAAAGAAAAACAAAACCCUUGUGCUAGUGGUACUUCCAUUUUUUUGGUGUGUGUAAUUUCUUUCCCACUGUGAGGUGUGAUUGUGACCAGCUCCAGGUGUCCAGGUAUCACACAGGCGCCGCACAGGCGCUCCAAAAACGUUUCAGUUCUUUGCCGUACUUCCUCCAACGCCGAGCAUCAUCGGCGCACCGGGAAGUAAGUGAAUCGAGUCAACAGAAGGAAACGCGAGAGCGAGCGAGCGAGUUCCCCGCAUUUAAGCACCGUUGUGUGUGUGUGUGUGUGCUUCUUGGGUGUGCUCCAAAGCGUCUUCAAAGCAGCCAAACACCGGGUCACCAGCCGGGAUCGCCCCAAGUGCACGCAGCCACCGCCGGGAGGAUGGAACAGAUCGUUACCACGAGUGUCUGCUUUUUAAUGAUUUUGGCCAUCGUUCGCGUAGGCAGCGUUCCUGCACCGAGUGACAUCAUAUCAGGGCGAGAGUUCCUAUCGAUACUCAUGAAACCGACCGCCGAAACAUCACCAUCAUCGGGUGCAGCGAAUGGUGGCGGAGCUGCUGCACCGGCGCGCAACUUCCGGGGGCUGCGCAAGUUUCGGCACUUUUACCUCGACCAGUCCGGCACGAACGAUGACACGAUACUGCCGAUCGAGGCACUGUUCACGUCGCAGGAGGAUCUGGACCGGAGCAGCACCCGGUUCUACGGCUACCGGAGGGGCGGCCAGCAUGCCAGCAGUAAUGGCGGCUCCACCACCACCAGUACGACACCGUCCACGACGACGGUAGAGGAAGAAGCGUCGGUGAACGGUGUCGAUCCGGGCAUCACCACUACCUCAUCACCGCCGCCAGCCUCGUGGCACGUUGACGGCGAGCCAACGACGCCGCCGAUGGAGGCGAACGGUGGUACCGCGGGCGAGAGUGCCGAGCUGACGACCCUGGAUGACGCUAGCACCACCACCGUGCCGCCGCUGGAGGAGGAGGAGGAUCAAACGACGGCAGCGCUGCCACCGGUGGUGGCCCGAUCGCCCGCUGCGCGUACCGCCAAGCGGGCCAAAGCGAUCCAGCAGCCGGUCGAGUCGGCGGCGCACCAUUCGCACGCCCACCGGACCGAGCUGUCCGUCGAGGAGCUCAGCCCAACGAUCAGCAAGGAGGAGGAGCCGGCGCCGCUCGACGACUCGGCCAAGGGGGAAUCGUCGGCGGUGGCGAAGCUGAUCGCACCGCCAGCCGGCUCCCCGCAGCGCUACCGCACGCAGCGCAAGCAAGAGUCCGCCGGUGGUCAACCCUUCCAGACGGUGCGCUACCACGACCGCAAGCCAACUGCGGGUGACGGCGGCACACUAGCCUGGCGCGAUAAUGACGGCGACCAGAAGGCGCAGCUGAAGCCGGCAAUGAGGGAGAAGAGCAGCAGCAUUGGUCCGUCGCCGAUGUACUCCGAGCCGGCCCGGUUCUACUCCGAGCCGGCCCAGUACUACUCCGAGCCGGCGAAGGUGUACUCGGAACCGGCCAGGAUCUACGGCGAGCCGGAAAAGGUGUACUCGGAGCCGGCGCGCGUCUACUCCGAACCGGCGAAGGUGUACUCGGAGCCGGCGCGCAUCUACUCCGAACCGGCGAAGGUGUACUCGGAGCCGGCCAAGAUCUACUCGCAGCCGUCCAGCUACUGGCAGACGGUCUACUCGGCGCGCCCGGCCGAUCCAACGACGACGGCGGCCGCCCCAACGACGACCCCGACGAGACCGACGACGACGACGACUACGACGGCGGAACCGGCCGCCAGCACGGAACCGUCCACCGCACCGGUGCGGCUGGUGUUUAACGAGCUGGACAAGAUCCCGUACGACCAGCUGAACGCACCGACGGUCGACGGUGAGGAUGCCGGCAGCUCGAUCCACAGCGCGAUCGGGAAGUUUGUGCCGAAGCAGAGCCACGGGCAAGGCGCCGGCGAGGAGGACGCACGGCAGUCGUUGGGCGUGCAGCAGCAGCCGGCGGCGGUGGUCCAGACGCUUGCACCCGGUGUGCUCGGCCCGGGCGACGACUCGAAGGUGGGGUACGUGGUCGAGGGCCGCAACUACCGCAAGUACCGGGUGGAGGAGAAAACACCGGACGGCUUCAUCGUGGGCGAGUACGGCGUGCUGUCGCACAACGAUGGCAAUCUGCGCGGCGUCCGGUAUACGGCCGAUUCCGACAUCAAUCCACGCCUGAUCUACGACGCACUGCUCAAGUUUCUCUCCCUGUGAGUGGUGUGUGUGUGUGCGUGUGUGUGUGUGUGUUUAGCAUCCGAAGUCGAGUCAUACGUAGCCAAAUAGAAGAGCGAAGCGAGCGAGAGCAGGUUGUAGGCGCGCAAGUCAGCCAGGUCUGGGAGGAUGUUAGCGAAGCAGACGGUAGCGUACAGGAUACAUAUAGAGGUGCGUGUGUGUGAGAGAGAGAGAGAGAGGGAAAGGGAGAGAGCGAGAUAGAAAAGAGAGAGA